AUGGCAGCCCGCGGCGCGCAGCCCAAGGCGAAGGUCGGGGCUGGCGGCGGGCGCCUGGAGCGCCCGUCCAACGCCGCAGCCGCUGCUGCGCUAGGCCUUCUUCAGCAGGUCCUCCAGAAGCAGCCAGGCGCUGGCGGUGUCAGAGCUUCGGGCAGUAGAGGCCGCCGAGUGGCCAAGGACGGCGGCGGCGUGAAGGUCGUUCGACUGGGGGGCGUUCCUGCUGGUAUCAGUGGAGCAGAGCUCAAAGCGAACUUCUCUUCCGCGGGCACCGUCAAGAUGGUCCAGCUAUUGAAAGGAGGUGCCGGCGUAGUGAGGUUCUCGACGCCUGCGGAGGCCCGGGCCGCGGUGGUCCUCUUCGACGGCGCCCGCGUCGGCGGCAGCGCCCUGACGGUCGCCGCCUGA